AUGUAUAUUUGGAACGGGUUACCUUUUAUCUGGAAAACAUUGUCUUCUGGCAUACGAUCUAAAGGCGAUAUAGUGAUAAAUGUUGCUUCAAGUGGUAUUGCUUCUCUUUUGUUACCGGGGGGUCGAACUGCUCAUUCAAUAUUUGCAAUCCCUCUAAAUCCAACUGAAGAUUCAACAUGCAAUAUAAAACAAGGUAGUCCUUUGGCAAAGUUGAUUGUGAAGGCAAAAUUGAUCAUUUGGGAUGAGGCGCCAAUGAUGCAUAAAUACUGCUUUGAAGCUCUUGAUCAAACUCUUACAGAUAUUCUAAGAUUUAAAGAUCCAUCAAAUUUAGAUAGACCAUUUGGAGGUAAAACAAUUAUUCUUGGAGGUGACUUUAGACAAAUCUUGCCUGUAAUUACAAAAUGUACUAGGCAAGAGAUUGUUAAAGCAACUCUAUAUUCUUCAUAUUUGUGGCCCCACUAUCAGGUUUUAAAGCUAAUCAAAAAUAUGAGAUUGAAAGGAAAUAUAUUUGGUGCUGAUUUGGAUGAUUUAAAACAGUUUUCUGAUUGGAUUUUGGCAAUAGGUGAUGGAAAUAUUGGAUGUUCCAUUGAUGGCAUUAAGAAAGUAGAAAUACCCGGUGAUCUUCUCAUACAUAAUUGUGAUGAUCCAAUAUCUGGAAUUGUAGAAAGUACAUAUUCUGAUUUCUUGAGACAUUUCACAGAUAUAAAAUACCUUCAAGAAAGAGCAGUUCUUGCGCCAACUCUUCAGAUGGUGGAAUCGGUGAAUGAUUACAUGGUUUCUCUCAACAAUAGUCUGGAUAAGUCAUAUUUAAGUUCUGAUACAAUUUGCAUGUCUGAUCAUGCAUUUACAUCUUUGGAACAUGUACAUACACCUGAAUUCCUAAAUAGUAUUUAA